GUUAAUUUGUCGGCAGAACAAACAGCAGCAAUUGCAGACGAAAACAGAACAAAAAUUCUGUUUUUGCUACAUAAGCGUAUAAUACCAACAAAAUACACUUCUAUUUUCUACGAAAAUUCCAUUUAAAUCUGUCCUCUUCCCACUUUUGCUGCCCAUCCUUCCUCCUGCACACAUUACAAUACACUGUGACUCGUUAAAUGGCCUCUACGUUGGUUUGUUCUGUAAGUUGAACCAGGUUUUCCUUGGUACGUUUUCAGUACUCCCUCAACGAUGUCGUUCUUUGCUCCCCAAAGUGCUAAAGUGCAGGCUCACCUAACUAAGAAGGCCGUACCAUGGGUCGAACACUAUCGUCCAAAGUCCUUAGAUGAGGUCAGCUCGCAGGACAUGACGAUUCAAGUUUUAAAAAAAACAAUGAUGUCGAAUAACUUACCUCAUAUGCUGUUCUACGGCUCUCCUGGUACUGGAAAAACAUCUACCAUUCUAGCUCUAGCCCGCGAAUUAUUCGGUCCACAAUUGGUCAAGUCCCGUGUCCUUGAACUCAACGCUUCAGACGAACGUGGUAUUUCCAUCAUCCGUGAAAAAGUCAAGAAUUUUGCACGUAUCGCUGUAAACAAUACUGUAAAUGGUUAUCCCUGUCCUCCUUUUAAAAUCGUCAUCCUAGAUGAAGCAGACUCUAUGACACAGGAUGCUCAAGCAGCACUUCGUCGCACAAUGGAAGCAACAGCGAGAAUUACACGCUUUUGUUUAGUGUGCAACUAUGUUACUCGUAUCAUUGACCCUCUGGCUAGUCGUUGCAGCAAGUAUCGCUUUAAGCCUCUAGAUGCUCAAGACAUCGCAAAACGUCUUGAGUUUAUCGCUGCCGACCAAACUGUUGCUUUAGAACCAGGAGUCAUUGACGCUCUAGUGUCCGUUUCCGGAGGAGAUAUGCGAAAAGCAAUUACGUUUCUGCAGAGUGCUGCUACCCUGCAUCAAGGAACACCAGUUACUGUAAACACAGUUAUUGAAAUCUCAGGGCGCAUUCCCGAUGAUGUUAUACAAGAGCUUUUGGAUGUCAGCAAAAGCAAAGACAUCAGCAAAAUCGAGAGUGUUGCCGAGACCGUAACUGCAAAUGGCUUCUCGACGGGUCUCCUUCUCUCGCAACUUCAUGACAAAGUAAUGGCUGAUGAAAGCAUACCCAGUAACAGUAAACACAAAAUCCUCUUAAAAAUGUCCGAAGUCGACAAAUGCCUGACCGACGGUGCCGACGAAUACCUUCAACUGCUCGACAUGCUGGUAGCUAUUUCACGUUUGUAGAGCAACUUUGAAUCCCUUUCUCAAUUCAUGUUCCUUAUGCGUGCUAGACGAUGAAAGAGCGGACGACAGAUUUCCUUAAUGCUUCUUGCACGCCAUUACCAAGGAGUCAGGCAACUGUACACUGGUUUAGGUAAACAUUAUUUUAAACUAUGUCCGUCAACUAUGUGCUAAGUAUUACAUUCGGUGGUGGUAGAGUGUUUGCAAGAUGAGCAUUACAAACUCUUUUUAAAGAACAGGUGAUAGGUAAGGUGACUGUAUAGGGUAAAAUAAGGUGCUCAAAUUCCAUAGGGAAAUCUGAGAUGAAAUGGUUGUAAGUUUGGGAAUCAUCUUUAGGUGUGUUUGAAGG